AUGCAUCACAAGUCACACAAGGGUGCCAACCAAAACUACUUCAGCUCCAACCAAUGUGCCUACAAAUGCCAACGAUCCCACACUCCAACCAAAGUGCCUACAAAGCACCAACAGAGCUCCACUAGAGUUCCCACCAAAGUACCUGAGCACAAGCUACCAACGAUCAGAGCUCACACUAGAGUUCCACAAAGAGCUACACAAGCACCAACCAAAGCUCCCACUAAAUUUCCUACCCGGGCACCAACCAAAGCUCCCACUAACGCACCAACACAGGCACCAACUAAAACUCCCACUAAGGUGCCUACACAGGCACCAACUAAAACUCCAACCAAAGUGCCUACCCGGGCACCCACCAAAGCUCCCACCAAAGGUCCUACACAGGCACCAACCAAAGCUCCCACUAAAGCACCAACCCAGCAUCCCACUGAGGCUCCCACUAAAGCACCUACACAGAUGCCAACACCAGUUCCUUCUGCAGUUCCUACAAAUACACAGAUGCCAUCACCAGUUCCUUCUGCAACUCCUACAAAUGAUGGCAUCAUUGCUGAUAGGAUUGAGCUGAUUCUUGCUUUGGCUGAAGCAAACUAUGGCCCAACUUGUGUCUAUGGCCCCAUUGAGACCUGGGAUGUCACCCGUGUGGUUGACUUUUAUCGUGUAUUUGCAGGAGAAAACGGGGUGACUAAUGAAUUUGAUGCUGGUAACUUCAAUGAGGAUAUAUCUGCAUGGGAUACAUCCAGUGUUACAAGUUUUCAGGAGACUUUUUAUGGAGCUCACAAAUUCAGCCAAGACCUCCCUAAGAUAUGA